ACAGGAAAAAGGAACUUAAACUCCCAGCGCCUGGACAGAGGAGAGGCGCGGGGGGUGGGGGGGUGCGUCAGGGAACACAGAGAGAGGGAGGGGAAGGCAGAGAGAUCGGCAGCGAGAAAGAGAGAGAGAGAGAGAGAGAGAGAGAAAGAGAGAGAAAGGGAGGGAGGGAGAGAGUUUAGAGCUUCAGACUGAGUGCCGAGAUGUGUAUGGAAGGGCUUUUCUGACACCCGUCUGGGGGUUUGAACCCUGUGUCGAGCUGAAGCCCAGUGUGUAGCCCCUCUCUGUGGAUGUACAGCCAGCUUUGCCUCCUCUCCCGUGCCCAGACCCAGGCCUGCGGCUGGGGGAACAUGCGUCAGCUCUCCUCCCUCACCCUGUGUCUGCUCUGCUGGAUCUCCUCAGGCAGUGCCUCAGAAAUAGCAGAUCUGACCCUGAUCAACCCAGACCCUGUGGUCACCUCCACGAACUCCUCCUUGUUGUGCGUGAGCAGUGACUGGACCUCCACUGCCUCCCUCACCGUGAACCGCGACACCCACCACGUGCACCCCCACCCGCCCACGCUCACCAACACGCCGGACACACGGUACCGCUCCGCCACCAAAAUCGAUUGGACCAAUCGCAAUGGCAUUUUUGGCUCCUACUACUGCCGGCUCAAAAGCACUGCCGACUCCAGCAAGAUCUACACCUACAAGAUGCUGAAUGAAGCUGCCUUCCUUCCAGAGUCGCUAACAGUCACAGCCAGCAUCGGAGAGUUUAUCAACAUAUCUUACGUGCGGAAGAAAGUGCUGCAAAUGGAUCCAGUCAUCUAUAAGAAUGGAACAUUUCUUCACUCCUUGCCAAAGCAUGAGAUUUUCGACACGCUUCAGUACCCCAUCGUGUCAGUGACGGUGGACGACGCUGGUCUCUACAGAGCCAGAUACAUUGGCGAUUUAGACAUCACUGCCGGGAUCACCAGGCUGAUAGUAAGAAAAUGCAGAGCACAAAUGUGGGGUGCAGAAUGUUCCAGAAGCUGCCCGGAAUGUGCCAAUGGAGGCAUGUGCCAUGAUGAGACCGGGCAGUGUGUUUGUCCUCCAGGGUUCAAGGGCUCCAACUGUGAAAUAGUUUGUGGCGAGGGCCGAUUUGGGCGGACCUGUAAGGAGAGGUGUAUGAAUGGCAACUGCCAGUCCAUGGUGUUGUGCCUGCAGGACCCGUACGGCUGCUCCUGCUCGUCAGGCUGGAGGGGCCUUAACUGCACUGAAGCUUGUCCACCAGGUUAUUACGGGGCCGGCUGUAAACUGAGGUGUAAGUGCGGAGGGAAAGGAAAAUGUGACCGGUACCGGGGUUGCGUGUGUCCAGGGAGACAUGGCUCUCGCUGCGAGAGAGAAGACAAGCCUCCUGUUGUGGUCAGCAACCUCAGGGACACAGAGCUGAAUGCUGGAGUCAUCUAUACGGUCAACUGUACAGCCAGGGGUCUUCCAGCUCCGCUGCAUGGAGAGAUCAUCCUGCUCAGACCCGACAGGACACCUGUACAUGCAUUGGACACAGAAACGGUGAAUGACCAGACCACCUCUAUGUUCAGAGUGGACAAGAUCGUGGUGUCAGACACCGGCCGCUGGCAAUGCCGGGCCAGCACUACAGCUGGGCAGGUGGAGAAAGACUUCCUGGUGACUGUCAAAGUUCCCCCGCAGCCCCAGAGCCCCCCCUUCCUGAAUGGCAGUGGGCCCUACCAUCUCAUCAUCCAGGUGAACAAGGAGCCUUACUCAGGCGACGGGCCAGUGACCUCCGUCAAGGUCGUCUACAGGCAGGUGAACACCUCGUCAUGGCGGAUGGUAGAAGUGAUGGGAUCCCAGGUGAAGCUGGAGAACCUGACGCCCAUGACUGAGUACACCACGUUUGUGCAGCUCGCUCGCACAGGAGCAGGAGGCACCGGCUACCCCGGGCCCGAGGCCAGCUUCUUCACACAGAUACUGGAGUGUUCUUAUCCCACUGGUAUCAAACUGGUCCCACUAAGCCAGACGGUUCUGGACCUGUCCUGGGACCCGCUAAACCGAUCCACCAAAGAGGACUGGAUCUACCAGCUGGAGUGCCUCCAGAGCUCCGACCCGAGCAACCUCCAGACGCACCACCUCACCGUCAACUCCACAAGCCUGCGGCUGAGGCACCUGAAGCCCAGGCACAAGUACGAGUGCCGCCUGUGGCUGACCUCCACCUCAGACAACACAGACGUCCAGUGUCGGCCAGUGGGCUUGUCCCGAGCGGCGGUGUCAGCCUGGACCCUCAGCAAUGACCUGCCCCCAGCGCCCUUCAACAUCCUCACCUGCAACGUCACCGACACCUCUGCUACCCUCACUUGGUCCCUGGCGGAGGGCAACUCCAUCUCCAAGGUGACCAUCCUCUACCAGGAGGAGCAGGAGGACCUGAGGCAGCUGGUGGAGAUCGCCGUGCCGCAGGACCAGCUGGCCAUGCAGUUCCAGCUGAGGGGCCUCCUGCAGGACACGCUCUACCGGGUGGACCUCUGGGCCACCAACAACCUGGGCGAGAGCCAGGAGAGGCCCCAGGUCCACGUCAGGACCCUCACACAGCUGGAGAGCGCCAGGCUGCACAGGCUGAGCAGUGAGGGUAACAUGCUGUUCUUUGCCAUCCUGGGCUCCGCGGGCAUGACGUGCAUCACCAUCCUCAUCGCCUUCUGCAUCGUGCUGCAGCUCAAGCGCGCCACCUUCCAGAGGAGGAUGGUCCAGGCAUUCCAGAACAUUGUGAGAGAGGAGCCGGUGGUCCAGUUCAGCUCGGGGUCGCUGAACAUGCCCAACAAGAAGUCAGCGAACACCCCCCAGCACGUGGCCUACCCGGCCCUCGUGUGGAGCGACAUCAAGUUCCAGGACAUCAUCGGCGAGGGGAACUUUGGGCAGGUCCUGAAGGCCAGCAUCAAGAAGGACGGGCUGAGAAUGGACGCCGCCAUCAAAAGGAUGAAAGAGUACGCCUCCAAGGAUGACCACAGGGACUUUGCCGGGGAGCUGGAGGUGCUUUGCAAGCUUGGCCACCAUCCCAACAUCAUCAAUCUGCUGGGGGCUUGUGAACACAGGGGCUAUCUGUACCUGGCCAUUGAGUUUGCUCCUCACGGCAACCUGCUGGACUUCCUGCGGAAGAGCCGUGUUCUGGAGACGGACCCGGCGUUCGCCAUCGCCCACAGCACCGCCUCCACUCUCUCCUCCCAGCAGCUGCUUCACUUCGCUGCCGACGUGGCGCGGGGCAUGGACUACCUGAGCCAGGCACAGUUUAUUCACAGAGAUCUGGCUGCCAGGAACAUUCUUGUCGGGGAGAACUUUGUGGCGAAGAUCGCAGACUUUGGGCUCUCCAGAGGCCAGGAGGUGUACGUGAAGAAGACGAUGGGCAGGUUACCUGUGCGAUGGAUGGCCAUUGAGUCUCUGAACUACAGCGUCUACACCACCAACAGUGACGUGUGGUCAUACGGAGUUCUUCUCUGGGAGAUUGUUAGCCUGGGUGGGACGCCAUACUGCGGGAUGACCUGCGCUGAGCUCUAUGAGAAGCUUCCGCAGGGCUACCGUCUGGAGAAGCCCCUCAACUGUGACGACGAGGUGUUUGACCUGAUGCGCCAAUGCUGGAGAGAGAAACCUUACGAGAGACCCUCGUUCACUCAGAUCCUGGUCUCUCUCAAUCGCAUGCUGGAGGAAAGAAAGACGUAUGUGAACACCACGCUGUAUGAGAAGUUCACCUAUGCAGGCAUUGACUGCUCUGCAGAAGAAGCUGGAUGAUCUUGAUGAUGUGCUAUACACACACACACAAGGAGUAUCUUUCUACAGUUCCAUGGGACAUGUAUCCUGCACCUGUUACUUCACUUACGCUGGAUAUGUAUAACAGUGAAAACAAGGUUUAAUCAAUCCUUUUAAAAGGGAUGGAUGGACUACAAUUUUGCACACAUUGUGUACUCAUGUUUGAAAUAUUAUGAAAUGUUAACGGGAUGUAUCCAACCAGUCGUUUUUUUUAUAUGAAUGUCAGCCAUUGUAAAUCGCUUCGAUUGAUUGGUCAGAGUGGAUGUAAACGUGUGAGUAACACAGCUGGAACUUGUUUUUCUAUCUGUUCGAACAGAAGACCUGAGGUCAACUGUAAAUAGCAACUUUUGUUUUAUAUGAUUAGCCUGAAGUUUCCACAAAUAAAAACAUAAAUAAAAAAAAUCUAUUGUUUUUCAUAUGCUGUGUGCGUUCCUGAAGUAGUCAGGUUGAUCUUUAUGUAGGGGAUAAUGGACGACAUGGUUGUCAGGUAGCAGUC